AUGCAGUUGCAUGAGAAUAAGACCUGUGUCGUCUUUGAACAAGAGCGGUUGACCUAUGGAGAGAUAAUGAAACAUGCUAUUCAUGCCGCAGGGAUACUUCACGAUGUUUAUGGUAUCGUGAAAGGUGACCGCGUUGCUAUAUGUAGCCGCAACUUUCCAGACUACCUCGUUAUCUUCUGGGCCAUUCAUGUCCUUGGUGCUGUUCCUGUUCUGGUCAACGCUUGGCUUCCUGUUGAGCCGUUACAUGACUGCCUGAAACGUACCAAAAACAAAGUGAUCUUUGUCGACCCCGAACGAGCGGAGAGGAUCAAAUCAAUCGUACCCGAAUUCAGAGCAAAGAGUAAUACCCCCUUUGUUGUGCUUCAAGAUCACGAAGGGAAGGGGCCUUGGCCCGGAAUGGAACCUUGGUCAUCAGUGCUCAAGAACUACAGCGGUGAUCCCGAAAAGGUCUUUGUGAAAGACCCGCAAAUCCUUCCAGAAGACGACGGAAUGAUAGUCUUCACUUCAGGUUCUACAGGGCUCCCGAAGGGCGUCCUUUUAUCCCAAAGAUCUUAUCUUACGGCAAUAGGCAAUGCAUUGGCUAGUCGUGGUAGAGCUGCACUCCGCCGUGGAGAGGACGUCCCUUUCCCUCCUCCGGUAGAAGGCCCUCAACCAGGACUCUUGUUACCUACACCUCUUUUCCAUACUACGGGAACAUCGCUUAUCAUUAUAACUGCAGUAGGCGGAAUGAAGAUGGUUUUGAUGCGGAAAUGGGAUGUCAAAGAAGCUAUUCGGUGUGUUUCAAAAACCUGUUUUUUGAUUAAUAGCUCAGCAGUGACCCUAGCUUACUCAAAGCUGAAAACAUUAUCGCCGUUGGAGGGUGGGUAUAGCGACUUCGGCAAUCAACGCAAACUCAGUUUUAACAGCGUGCCUUCCACGAUAGUUGACCUGGUGGAGGGUGGAGGAGAAGGAUUUCCGCUACAGAGUGUCAUGCUUGGUGGAGCUCCCGUGUCUACAUCCAUUUCUCAGAGAGCCAAAGCUGCCUUCCCGGGAUCGGUUUUGGCUCAGGCGUACGGACAAACAGAGUGCAAUGCAACGGCUGUUGCUUUUACCGGCGAAGACUUUGAAGCCCGGCCCACUGCCUGCGGUCGCGCCAUGCCCGUCAAUGAUAUCAUCAUCAUGAAAGACGAGGUAGAAUGUGCUACCGGUCAAGCAGGCGAGAUAUGGAUCAGGGGCCCGAAUGUGAUGAACGAAUAUUGGGAUGAUCCUGUUGCUACAUCAAAGGUGACACUUCGUCCAAGCGGGACCACUAUUGUUCAUUGA